AUGAUAGCCUAUUAUUCAAUAUUUAUUUUCAUUUCUGCUGUUUUGUUAUUUUUAUAUUAUCAAAUAACUAAAAAUUAUGACUAUUGGAGAAAGAGGAACGUACCUUUUUUGAAACCUUCAUUAAUGUUCGGUAAUUACAAAGAAUAUAUAUUUUUCAAGAAAUAUCUUCCUAAACUCACGCAAGAGAUUUGUCAAAAGUUCCCAGAUGAACCGUACGUUGGAGUGUUCUAUGGAACCGAUCCUGCUCUCGUAGUCAAAGACCCUAACUUAGUCAAACUUGUAAUGGUAAAAGAUUUCUACUACUUUAACCACAGAGAGGUAUCUCAAUACGUACAUAAGGAGGAGAUCACACAGAAUAUGUUCUUCAAUGGAGGUGACACGUGGAAAGUCUUACGCCAGAACUUAACGUCACUAUUUUCAUCCUCUAAGAUGAAAAAUAUGUUUUAUUUAAUUGAAUCAUGUGCUAACUCCCUAGAAAACGAAUUUAAUGAGGAAUUAAGCAAACGUAAUACCAUAGAGACAAAGUCUCUUUUAAUGAGAUAUACAAUGGACUGCAUCGGAUCCUGUGCUUUUGGUAUAAAUACCUGUACAUUAGAGAAAAAUUCACGAACUAACCCGUUCAUGAUAAUAGGUGAAAAGCUAUUCGACGUUUCAAACUUUGGAGGUUUUAAAUUGGUCACUCGUGCAAUGUGGCCUGCUAUUUUCUACAGGAUAGGACUAAGACUUUUUACGACUGACAUAGACAAUUUUUUCAAAAAACUUCUUACUGAUAUAUUUGAGAGUCGCAACUAUAAGGAAUCUUCGAGAAAUGAUUUUGUUGACCAGGUCUUGAGCUGGAAGAAAAAGAAAUAUUUAAGUGGAGACAGUGUAAGUAAUAUAAACACUGAGGAUAAAAAAAUUGUGAACCUAGAAGUAGAUGAUGAAUUACUUAUAGGACAAUGCGUACUAUUUUUUGCUGCCGGAUUUGAAACAACAUCGACUUCAUCUAGCUUUCUUCUUUUUGAACUCGCUAAAAAUAAAAAAGCACAAAAUCGAGUUCUAGAAGAAAUUGACGAUUACUACAAAAGGCACAACGGUAAAAUCGAGUACGAAUGUUUGAAUGAAACACCGUUUUUACAAGCGUGUCUGGAGGAAACACUUCGCCUUUAUCCAGUUCUAGGUGUCCUGACUCGAGAAGUAUCUGAAAACUACACUUUGCCAACUGGUUUACAACUAGAGAAGGGCACCCGUGUUCAUAUACCGGUUUACUAUCUACAUAAUAAUCCAGAAUACUUUGCGGACCCAGAAGAAUUUCAUCCCGAAAGAUUUUAUGGCGAAGAGAAAAGGAACAUCAAACCCUUCACAUACAUGCCUUUCGGUGAAGGACCUCGGAUAUGUAUUGGACUCCGAUUCGCAAAGAUGCCGAUAACUGCUGGGAUUCUCACCUUGUUGAAGAACCACAGUGUAGAACUCGCUGAAGACAUGCCUCCCAAGGUUGACUUCCAGCCACGAGCGAUAGUCACUCAAGCCAACUGUGGUAUAAAUCUAAAGUUUACACCUAGGAAAUAA